GCUCCUUUGUCUAUCAUCUACUGUGUAAUAACUUUGACCCUCUCCAUUAUGUUACUCUUACUAUGCAGUACUCUUUCCAUGAAUUUGACUUGCAUAUGAUUUUCUGGAAACAUGGUUCAUAACUUGAUUGAAAAGGAUGUCCAUCGAAAGCCCUUUCAGAUCAGCUUGCAGAGGCACUGCAACCGGGAAGAAUUGAGUAGGGAGGAAGGAAGGAAGAAACAAGUCCCCGCUGGUAGGCCCCGAAGAACACUUUCAUCUUUGUCACUUAGCAGGAAGGCAAAGUCCCCUCACGCACAAACUCCUUAAAUUGGCUUUGCCUUCUACCUUGGUGCAACAAGUUGUUCCCACUAGCUCCUUCAGCUGUUGUUCCCCUCCACAGAAAAAGAAAGUAUCCUUCCAAACCAUCACUUGGAUCGAUUCUUGGAGAGAAUCUUCCAUUGUUGCCAUAGUUGCAGCAGGUGAGCAACUGUAUAACUACCAGAUCCACCAAGCCUGUUCUAGCACUAGUUUGCCAUGUCCAGAGUCGCUUCCAUGGAUGCAAUUAGCCUUGACGACUGGGAGUUCCUGCCCGACCACAGAAGCUCCUUCUUCAUGGAGGAGUUCACUGCUGGUGGUAAGGAUCGGCUCUUGUUUGACGCCGAUUUGGUCAUGAUCAACAUAAACCACUUCGCGCCCGCAUCUCACCGUGCUCCUUAUGAUUGCAUCCUAGAUGAAGAAGAGGCCAAGAAACCACCUGUGCCACCAUUGCAAGACGCCUCUGUGCAGGACCCUGUUGUCGAAUUCAAGGACAUCUGUGUCACGCAGGCUGAAUCAAGGCCAGGAGGGGAGUUCGCGCCGAAGGCGAUCGAGAUACUGAUGAUCUCUGACGCAGAAGAGGAGGAGGAAGCGAUUGUCAAGUGCACAGUCGGUUGUAAGGAAGUUUAUGAGGAUGAGGUGAUGGUGGAAGCAGCGCCUGAUCUACGUGAUGAGGUGGAAGAAGGCGUCAUGAAAGACAGGGCAGGCCUCGAAUGCGUUGGUUUCAGUGUUCGAAAUCUGAGGGUGAAUGGUGUUGGGGCACUCUGCUCGUUUGGGGUUGCUGCUGCCACCUUCUGCAUCUUCCUGCUUGGAGGCAGGCAGCAGCAGCACCAGAAGAAGAAGAUGCAGAAUCAGAAGACCCAGUUCCAGAUGUAUGCUGACGACGAGAGAAUUCAGCAGGUAGUGGAGCAGGCCUCCAGAUUGUCAUCAGUCAUGGGAGGUGCAUCGUCCACCAGGGCGAGCAUAUCAUUCGGCGGCUACUACGAUGGGUUUUGAUGUGCUCUAGAAACUUCUAGAAUCUAGAAUCCUUCCGCUUAUGAUCACUGCAUCAGGUGUAGACGUGUAGUAGUGUUCUACGAUAUGUUCAUAUACAGUAGCUAGAUUCGAUUCUUUAUAUUGUAUUGGUUAUUACUAGUUCUGUCUCCUGUACAUAUUUCCUGUUAGAUGUGAAUUGAUUGGUCCGAUUUCGAAAACCUGGAUUAUUUUC